ACAUUAGGACAGGGACGGUAGGUGCGUUGGUGCGCUUAUGCACCCCCCCCGCCCUCUUGAUUAAAAGAUCAAGAUUCGGAAAGCUGAUUUUAUUCAGUGUAACUGAGGGGGGGGGGAAGUAAAGUGAAGUUUUGAAUUCGUUUAUUUAGAAAUCGCCCUAAUUUAAUGGACAGACGCCAAGAAUUGCAGCCCAACGGCCGCUACCCGCGUUCAUUGUUUCGGCUGCAUAAUAAACAGAACGAGGUUGGUCCUGAAGGGCCGACGAGAACGUAGCCGUUUUUUUUUCCUGCGGCUUGUUCUAAUCUAUCUAAACCAUCCAACCAGGCAGCUGGGAGAACCGCGGAGUCCCAAAGCAGCGGCUGAAGCUAACGCCCUGUUGCAUUCCCAAGGGAGACUCCUCCGUCACCCUGAGGAGCGUGAGAGAGGCAAGACCCGGACGGCUGAAGGGAGGAGCCGAGCCAGAAAAGCUCGGCGUCGGAUUGGAAAAACUUGGAAAAACCGGAGGCGGGAAGGCCGGGAGUGGAGACUCAGCCUGGGAAGGAGGCGGGACCGAAGGAGGGAAUGCAGAUGUGGGCCAGCCUUAGUCCCCUCUUCCAGCCAGUCCGCGGGGGGAGGCUCGUCCGGGGAGCUUCUUCGGAGAAGCCCAGCUUUUUCUCCCUCGACUUCCAGCGGAGCACCCGAGGCGGUCCAAGGGUGCGCCGUGGAGCUGGUGGCGGGUUUCUCAACGACCAACUUCUUCUCCGGCAGUCUCCUUCCUGUGGCGUUCCUCGGCGUCCUCCGGUUCUCCCGCAUUUCUUCUAGAGGGGUUGGGAUAGUCCUCGGCAGCUGUCGGCUUUGCCCGGGUGAGGCGCUGUAGUGACCGGUUCUGGUCUGGAGGAGAAGGCGGCGUGCUCCUCCUGCAACCUCUCGGAGAAGGAUUACAUAGGCUGAAGUAUUUUGGUCUAACCCUGCCGCCGCCGUCACCCUCAGCAGCAGCCAUGGGACUGCAGCCUUUGGAGUUCAGCGAUUGCUACCUGGACAGCCCUUGGUUCCGGGAAAGGAUACGGGCUCACGAAGCGGAGCUGGAGAAAACCAACAAAUUCAUCAAAGAGCUGCUCAAGGAUGGCAAGACGCUGAUCGCCGCCACCAAGAAUCUUUCAGCUGCCCAAAGAAAGUUUGCUCGUUCACUGAGAGAUUUCAGGUUUGAAUGUAUUGGUGAGGCUGAAACAGAUGAUGAAAGAUACAUAGAUGCAUCCCUUCAUGAAUUCUCUAACUUUCUGAAAAAUUUAGAAGAACAAAGAGAAAUAAUGGCCCUAAGUGUAACUGAAACUCUUAUCAAGCCUCUGGAAAAAUUCAGAAAAGAACAACUGGGAGCAGUAAAGGAAGAAAAAAAGAGGUUUGAUAAAGAAACGGAAAAGAACUAUAGUUCACUGGAGAAACAUUUAAACAUGUCAGCUAAGAAGAAAGAAGUACAAAUAUUGGAGGCAGACUACCAAAUAGAGCAAAACAGAAAACAUUUCUAUGAACUGUUACUUGUAUAUGUGUGUAAACUUCAAGAGAUACAAGAAAGAAAGAAAUUUGAGUUUGUAGAACCUGUCUUGUCGUUUUUUCAGGGCAUGUUCACAUUCUACCAUCAAGGUUAUGAACUUGCCAAAGAUUUUAACCAUUACAAAAUGGAUCUGCAGAUCAAUAUCCAGAAUACAAGAACUCGUUUUGAGGGAACAAGAUCAGAAGUGGAAGACCUCAUGAACAAAAUCAAGCAAAAUCCAAAAAAACACAAAAGAGCAAAUCAAUUUGCAAUGGAAGGUUAUCUUUACGUGCAGGAAAAAAGACCUGCACCAUUUGGUUCCAGUUGGAUAAAACAUUAUUGCAUGUAUAAGAAGGAAUCAAAGAAGUUUACUAUGUUACCUUUUGAACACAGAUCAGGAGGAAAAAGUGGUGAAUUGGAAGUCUAUCUACUUCAGAACUGUACUAAAAGGAAUACUGAUUCUAUAGAUAGGCGAUUUUGUUUUGAUAUGGAAGUAAUAGAGAGACCUGGUACACCUUUCACCCUACAAGCAUUCUCAGAAGAGGACAGGAACAUGUGGUUUGAAGCCUUAGAUGGGAAGGAAACGGUGUUUCUCAAUUUGAACAAGGCUAAUACACAAAAAGAGGGAAGUGUGCAGCUAGAUAAGAUUGGAUUCACAAUUCUCAGAAAAUGCAUUAGUGCUAUUGAAAAAAGAGGUAUAAAUGAUCAAGGACUGUAUAGAGUUGUAGGGGUGAUCAAAGUCCAGAGACUACUGAAUUUGUUGAUGGGUAUAUGCAAAACAUGUGAUGAAGUUGAUUUGGAAAGUAAUACAGAAUGGGAAGUGAAGAAUACAAGUACAGUGAAACAAUACUUAAGGUACGAUUAAAUAUCCUGCCAAGAACCCUGAAUGACGUAUGAUUUACAUGGAGAGUUCAUCACUCCUGCUAAAAGUGGUAGCCCUGAAUCCCGUUUUAAAGUUAUCCAUUCCUUGGUUCAUAAACUUCGAAAGAACAAAGAAAUGCUUGAUAUUGUUGUGAAACACUUAGCAAAUGUAUCUGAUCAUGCUAAGAAAAAUCUUAUGACUGUGGCAAAUUUAGGAGUUGUAUUUGGACCAACAUUAAUGAGGCCACAAGAAGAAACAGUGGCUGGUCUUAUGGAUCUGAAAUUUCAGAAUAUUGUGGUAGAGAUCCUAAUUGAAAACCAUGAAAAGAUUUUCCACAUGCUGCCUGAUGCUUGUUUCCCUGAGCCUACCCUUGUGCCAAUCUCUCCUCCAAACGCCCCACCACGACAAUCAAGACGACAGGGGCAACGUAAUAAGAGGCCUGUUGCUGUAUAUAAUCUCUGUCUAGAACUGGAUGACAGUGACAAUCUUAGCCCUGCCAAAGAAUACACACGCUCAGGUAGCAUGGAUUCCCUGUCUUCUCAGUCUCCCACAACUGCUGCUCCUACCAGCCCCCAAGACACAGAGAAAAAUAAUCUCAUAACUGACAGUGGUAAUUCAUCCAGUGAGGUUCAUUCAUCAAUGGUUUCCUGGAUAAAUCUAAAGUCAACUACGGCACAAAGUCCAGUCACAACAAACCUAUCAUUUUUAUUUCCGUCCUCUGCUACAGAGACUGACAGACCAGUUGGAAGAAAAGCCAGGGCAGUAUAUCCAUGUGAAGCAGAGCAUAGUUCUGAGCUGUCUUUUCAAACCGGUGCAGUUUUUGAAGAUGUGCAUCUUUCACGAGAACCUGGCUGGUUAGAAGGAACUCUAAAUGGGAAGAGAGGACUCAUUCCACAAAACUAUGUCCAAUUUCUUUAGUUUUCUUCUGAAUGCUUGGAAGGUGUACAUGGUAUCCAUGGCUAUAGACAGAUAGACACUGUAUAUUGCUUUUCUUGGCUUCAGAAACUUUUAAUCAGUAAAAA